AUGAACUAUAAACUAGUCAUAUUCACUCUAACUGCACUGAUUUUGGCAUCAGCAAUUACAGAUGAUUCGUCACAAAGUUUAGGGGCCAAAUUGAUAUCUUCAUUUUCACCUAAAUUGUUUGAUCUGUUUUUUCCCAAACAUCCUGUAGUGGACUCCAAUGUUAAUGUCCAGUUUGUUUCUACAUUACAGUCGAAUAAUAAUCAGAACAAUGGAGGAUCUUUACCAACAACGGUGGUGAUGCAGCCACCAUUACAACAGGAAACGCCACCUUCUCCAAUGCAGUAUCCGCCAAGAUUACCUUUCCCACAAUGGCUUACUGAUUUCACUGGGUUAAAAGAAUGGCCAGGAUUGGAUCCACCGUAUAUCCCACUUGAUUUUAUCAAUUUCAAUAGGAUAGUUGAUCUACCACAACAUCAACAAGCACAAUGUUUCAGUCAAGUAUUGAGAUCGCCGCAAGCUUGUUCCUUUGACUGUUUCAACUGUGUUGAGUUUGAUGAUGUUUACACUUGUCCCCAACUAUCUCAAACCUUUGAUGAUGGGCCCAGUCCUCAUACUUUGAAGUUGCUAGACUCAUUCGACAAAACAAAUACCAAGACUACGCUAUUUACUUUGGGGGUCAACAUUAUUCGAUUUCCCGAUGUCUACAAAGAAAGUAUGAAACGUGGCCACAUAAUGGGGUCACAUACGUGGUCACAUAAGUUUCUCCCUCAAUUAACAAAUCAAGAAAUUAUAGCACAAAUAGAAUGGCUGAUCUGGGCCAUGAAUGCAACGGGGAACCAUUUACCCAAAUGGUUUCGUCCACCAUAUGGCGGAAUUGAUAAUAGGAUAAGAUCGAUAUUGAGACAAUUUGGAAUGCAGGCGACAUUAUGGGACUUUGACACUUUUGACUGGAAAAUGUUGGAUCAUUCAAAUAACCGUAAAGAGGCUGACAUUUUUAAAGAUGUAGAAAAUUUCCAAAAAUUAAAGCAAGGGAAAGGGUUAAUUUUAGAGCAUGAUGCUAUACAAAGAACAGUUGAUGUUGGAAUUGAGAUUUUUGAAAAAAUAGUGGGACCAAAACAAUUGACUGUUCCUCAAUGUGUUGGAGGUAUUGAUUAUAUAAAGUCUUUUAAAUAA